UUUCAGUUGACCGUAUGUAAGCGAAAUAACCAAUUACCAUAAAUCUCUCUUUUAAAAAGGAUAACAUUUACUCGUUUAAUUCACGAUUGCCAUACAAAAACGAAGUCUCGUCUAUAGCGGGAAAUUAGUGCGAGCCGAAAUUUCAUAAUGAACGGAAGGGAUAUGAAAAUUAACGGCUAAAUGUUGAAAGUGAUUUGAAUGUGAAGAAAGAGUGAGUUAAAUUACACAGUGAACUACAUGAUAACCAAACACUAUGGCUUUAUGAUAUGUAUGUAACGAAGUGAAAAAUAUACAAUUUUAUAUGAAGCUUAUAAUCGCUGCCGAAAAAAGGGAAGGAAGGAAAUAUUAAAAGAUAUUAAAAUAUUAUUUUGCAAUUCACAAAUGACAAAUAAUAAUAAAAAUAAAAACGAAAAUAUCAUAUGAUAAAUAAAUAAUAAGUAAAUUGUUAAAAUGGUUUAUCGUACUUCGAGUGUACCUCAAUUAAAUAGUAGUGGCGGCAGUAGUGGUAGCAGUUAUAAAGGUUCAAGUGGGGGUGGUAUGACAAGUCGUGGUCGUGCUUCAAAUGCCAAACCACGCCGUAAUCUUGGUAAAUCCAUUACACCGACACAACGUCAAUGCGGUCACGGUCAAAAGUUACCGCGUUCACGUAGCCUCACCAACGGUAUGCAACGUCUUGACUCACAAAAGUCAACUGCCAACACUUCCAGUUCUAGGAAUACACCAGUCUUUCUACGUUCUAGAGAAAACGAAAUUGGCAGCGCUGACACUUUAGAGAUAGUGGCCUCCAAGUCGGCGAGCAGUGAACCGUGCACGCCUGAUGACAACAUUCAAGUGGUGGUGCGAGUACGACCCUUAAAUCCCAAAGAGAGACGCGAUAGGAAUGCUUCGAUACUACAAUUUCCCGGCAAUGGACAGAUUAUAAUCGAUGGCCGUCAUAUGGCCCAGCAGCAGCAGCAAUCUAAUAACAAUCGGGAUAAUGUGAAAGUGUUUACCUACAAUGUGGUUUUUGAGCCGGGAGCUACUCAAGAGGAUAUUCUAGACUACUCAGGCAUUAAGCGAAUCAUUGAAAUGGCCAUUGAAGGUUUCAGUUGCACAGCUUUUUGUUAUGGUCAAACGGGUUCAGGUAAAACUCAUACCCUAACCGGACCCCCCGAUUUGUUUUUGGGAAAACCUAAUUUAACUGAUCCCCGUCAUGGCCUAAUCUUCCGUUCAUUCGUAUACCUCUUCCGUUUGAUAAAGAACCGCAAGGACUUUCAUUUCAUAUUAAAGGCAUCAUUUUUAGAAAUCUAUAAUGAACGGGUAAUUGAUUUACUAAAUCCUGGUUCGAUGCGUCAAUCAUUGGCUGUGCGUUGGUCUAAGAAAUCGGGAGGUUUCUUUGUCGAAAAUCUUUUCAAUGUUGACUGUCAAGAAUUAGAUGAUUUGUUGGCAGUCUUAGAAGAAGGUAUGCGUAAUCGUGCCGUAGGUUCUCAUGCAAUGAACGACCAUUCGUCACGAUCUCACACCAUACUUACGGUACAUAUUGUAUCAGAGCAACAAACAGAUGGCGGUGUAUUCUUAUCGAAGCAUGGUAAGAUCAACUUUGUCGAUUUAGCUGGGAGCGAAUUAACGAAGAAAACCAUGAGCGCCGGUAAAACAUUACAGGAAGCCAACAAUAUCAAUAAAAGUUUAAUGGUGUUGGGAUAUUGCAUUGCGUCGCUUAGUGAUAACAAGAAACGUUUUGGUCAUAUACCGUAUCGAGAUAGUCAACUUACCAAAUUAUUGGCUGACAGUUUGGCUGGCAAUGGCGUAACUUUGAUGAUAGCCUGCGUCUCACCCGCACGUUACAACUUUGCUGAGACUUUAAAUACAUUACGCUAUGCUUCGCGAGCGAAACGUAUUCGCACUAAACCGGUUAUAAUGAUGGACCCCCGCGAAGCUUUAAUAUUGAGUUUAAAACGAGAAAUAAAAUCUUUGGAAAUGGAAAAUGAACAUUUAAAAACUGUACUCCAUCUACAUCACGAGCUAAAUAGUGAGCGAAAAGAUGAAGAUGAGGAAGUUGACUUGCAACAGAUCGGAGAGAGUACAAAUCUACCAAAAAUACAUAUAGAACGUUUACCGGAAUUAGAUAGCAGUGAGCUGGCAGAGUUAGUUAAGCUGUAUAUGCAAGAAAACGAGGCUUUGCGUCAGGAAAAUAAUCAUCUAUUUACGGUUAGGGAAACUAUACUCAGAGAUCAAGAAAUAGUGUGCAGGGAAAACGAGAGAUUACUUAAGAAAUUGGAAGAUGUGAACAAAGUUUGUAUAAGAUCACCUGUUAUACCGGCCAGGCCAGUGCUAUCCUCAGCCUCGGGCAGCGAAAUCAUUGGUACCGAAAUCUGGACAAAUCCCCAGGAUAUGGAAGAAUCUGAGGAAUCGGAACGACCGGCGAGUAUUGUUCAGCAACCAGAAUAUAACGAUGGUAUUGCUCGUAACAUUUUAGGAAUGGAAAAGAUUUUAAGUAAUAAAACCGUUAUUCACUAG